GAGGGAGAGAAAGAAAGAAAAAAAAGGAAAGAAAGAAAGAAAGAAAGAAAGACAGACAGACAGACAGACGAGCUUUGUCUUGUUUCUUUUGCCCGUCUUAUGCUCAGGAGCCCGGUUAGAAUUGGAAGAAGCCAGUAUUUGCCAUGGAUUUCCUGAACGCCAGUUACCUGCGACCAGGCGGUGGUUACGACUGCACCUUCAACUUUUGGAAUGACUACUUGGGUCUGUCGACACUGGUCACGAAGAACCGCCGCAAGGGACCCGGGUCUCCCAAUUCCAUCACCGAGUCCCUGAAGGCCACUCUCGGCUUGAGCGACCCCACUUGUCCUUGCCUGGACAACGGUAAUGGGUUGCUGGACUGUUGCUGUUCCGCUAGCGCCGGGAGAGGCUUCCUAGAUCUGGAGGAGAACUUCCCCCUUUUCAAUUCCUUCCCGCCCCUACCCCCUCUCCGCGGGCAGCUGGAACCCGAGAUGCUGCUGGAUCCCUUCGGCUCCCUGGACCUACUCGGACCAGACAGGAGGGCUUCCAAGAAGCCGGGCAGCCGAGCCAAACAAGAGCCCAGGAUCUGCGUUUUCUGCCGGAACAACGGUGCCCCCGAGGACGUCUACGGAUCCCACGUCCUGAAGACCUCCGACGGCAGAGUGGUUUGCCCUAUUCUCAGGGCGUACACUUGCCCCCUGUGCAACGCUAGCGGGGACAACGCGCACACCAUUAAGUACUGCCCCUUCUCCAAAGAUCAGCCCCCGCAGAGAGCGCUGAAAGGGAGCAGGGCGGUAGGAGGGGGCAAGAGGGUUAAGGUCUUCUAGGCUCCUGGAGGUCCACGCAGUCGGGGAUCGUGGUUGACCCCAGAAACUUUUCGUCAAGUAUAAGCUGACUACAAAAUCAACUCUGAACAUCUUCUAGAUCUUAACCCUGAUGGAUUUUUUUAAAAAGGAAAAUCCUGCUUUGUUUUGCUUUGGAAGUUUCUUUAAUGGAAGCAAAAACUUUUUUUUUCUCUCUUCCUUGUAGAAUUAGAUAUAUUUUGGAAGCGAGAGAUAGUGAUAUGAGGAAAGAUCUUGUGUUUCAUUGGGAUCCAGUCUUUAAACAGUACCCCUCCGCCGUCGUCAUCCUUGCACAAACCUCUGCAGAAAGUUGGACGAGUUUUUUUUUUGUAGGAAUUUUGGAGUUGAGACAACAUUUAAAUCGAGCUCUUACGUUGCAAAGAAGGAAUUCGAACUGUCGCUCGGUCUUAUUUCAGGAGAAGCAGUUGCCUAGUUUUAAAGCGCUUUUUAAAAAGAAAACUUCAGAAGAUUUAUCGACGUGGAAUCAAAUAUCUUACCGGAUCUACGGAGUUCCGACAGGCAAGAGCUUUCUUUCCUGUAAACCCUCGGCGAUCAGUUCGACUGAACACGAGUUUUGCCUGCGAAUUAUUUUAAUAUAUAAUUGAAAGUACUAAGAAGGGACAUGAGGUUUCAUUUGGAGGUAAUCCGACUCUCUUUAGGACCUGGGGGAGGGGUGCGAGGGGAGUAGACACUGGCGUAAUGUUUACCAAUUCAGUCUCUUCAGCCGAAUUAAAGCAAGGCUGACACUUUAAUGUAAGGACGCUCAAGAUGUUGUAAAGGUCACGACAUUAAUUUUAAAAUCCAAUGUUCCAUUUUGUUUUAGUUCUGUCCAAAUGUACGGAGGGAAAACAUUUAGUGAAUGUACAUUUUUUUUUACCAGUUGGAAUUCUUUUCUACCGGGACUGCACAGAUGAGUUUCCCGAGUUAUUAUUUUCUCUUAAUUUACCAAAGCAGAUUUACAAUUUCUAGAAUUAUUUGUAAAUAAGUACUUGUGUGUAAUGUAUAUGAAAUACUUGGAGGGGGCUACCUCAAGAAUGUUAAUGCUUCGGACGUUCAUUUAAGUUUGUAUGAAAAUAGUCGAAUAUCAAUCAUUAAAAUAACCAAUUUAUAAA